AUGCCGCAACCACAAACCCACUAUCCCCCUCCGCCGAUGUCUGCGCCGGCUCACCAGACAACGUUCAAUUUCCCACCACAAGCAUACCCUCCGCCUCCUCAGGUCUCUCCCCCACCAUCGCAACCAUCGCCUGCUUCACAAGCCCAUGCGCCCCCGAACAACUUUAGCUAUCCUCCCCCGCCUCAGGCCCAACAAGCAAAUAAUGUGUAUCCGGGACCGCCCCCGUCCGUCAGCCCUCCAGUUCAGAGCCCGCCACUGGAGAGCCAGUACCCGCAUGAAAAGCCACCUAUCUAUAACCAACAGCCCGCAGCUGCGUUCCAGCAACCCGCGGCCCCAAAUAUCAGUAGACCCAUCUCUCAGUCCUCUUCCGUGAACACGGGUCGAAUGGAGAAGAUCCCGGGUGGAGCGCCCGCGUACGGAGAUUUCAAAGGAGCUGUCGCAACCCACGACGAUAAUACCGGCACGUUUAAUGGAGGGAGCUAUAGAAUCAGUCAUCGUGAUUCGAACUCCCUCUUGACGAUCCAGUUGGCCAUGGGUGCUCCAUUGAUUGUCAAGCCAGGUGCUAUGUUGGCAAUGUCGCCGACAAUCACUCUCCGGGGUGAAUUCCACUUCACCAUGAAGAAGCUCAUUGCCAAAGGCCAUAUGGGCAUGUCGACCUAUACAGGACCAGGAGAACUUCUACUCGCACCCUCCGUACUGGGAGAUCUGAUGGUGCUUCCCGUCCGUAAGGAUACAGAAUGGAUGAUUGGCAGAGACGCUUUUCUGGCGCAUUCAUCCGCUGUCAGCCACGAAUAUGUAACCCAGGGUCUGACAAAGGCAAUGUUCUCCGGAGAGGGAUUGUUCGUGUACAAAAUCACCGGGUCUGGGCUCUUGUGGAUCCAGAGUUUCGGCGCGAUCAUCAAGAAGGAGCUUGUGGAGGGCGAGAAAUACUUUAUUGAUAAUGGUUACCUCGUCGCAUGGAACUGCGAUUAUACGCUCGAGCGCGUUGCAUCCGGUGGAUUGAUAUCUGCUUUCUCUUCUGCUGAAGGUCUUGCUUGCAAGUUCAAGGGACCCGGGACUGUUUACUUCCAGACGAGAAAUUUGAACGUGUUUGGCAUGCAGAUGAAGAUGAGCACAGCUAGUGGUUAA